GAAAAUACGAGGAAGCGACAAUCAGCCAUCACGAUGAGUUCGACCCCUGAGGCUCAACACAUGCAACAUGUCAGCGCUACUGAGGCUACAUCCUUUGUCUCCAACGUUCUUAUCGGUAACGGAGUUUCGGAGGACAAUGCUAUUAUCGUCGCCAAAUGUCUUGUUGAGGCUGAUCUACGAGGUGUGGAUACACACGGCAUGAACAGGAUUCCCUCAUACAUGGCGCGCAUAAGACAAGGCGUGCUGGAUCCAAAAGUAUCGCCGACGAUCCGUCAAGUCACACCAGCUGUUGCCCAAGUCGAUGGACACAACGGCUUCGGGUUUCUUGCAGCGCACAUGGGCAUGAACGCUGCAAUUGACAUGGCUAAGACGACCGGCAUUGGUAUGGUCUCCGUUUUACAUUCCAACCACUUUGGCAUGUCAGCCUGGGUUGUACAGCAAGCGUUGGACGCAGGUAUGAUGAGUCUCGUCUUCACAAACUCGUCGCCUGCUCUACCCGUUUGGGGAGGCAAGUCGAAGCUGAUGGGCGUAUCACCUAUAGCCUGCGGGGCCCCAGCCGGGAAAGGCAGACCGUUCAUUCUUGACAUGGCACCAUCGGUUGCUGCACGCGGCAAGAUAUAUAAAGCUUUGCGAAGAGGGGAGAAGAUUCCUGAGGACUGGGCACUCGACAAGGAUGGCAGCAGGACGGACGAUCCGGCCAAGGCACUUGAGGGUGUCAUGCUACCCAUGGGUGGGCCUAAAGGUUCCGCACUCGCUAUCAUGAUGGACAUUUUCUCUGGGGUGCUGUCUGGAAGUGCGUUCGCAGGCCACGUCACUAACCCUUAUGACCCAUCCAAACCAGCAGAUGUUGGUCAUUUUCUUGUGGCUAUCAAGCCUGAUCUCUUCAUGAACAUCGAGGAGUUCAAGGAAAGAAUGGACUACUUGUAUCAACGCGUCGUCGGAUCUGACAAGAUGGCAGGCACUGACCGUAUCUACUUCCCAGGAGAAAUUGAAGACCUCAACAAGGAAAAGCGCCUGAAAGAGGGAAUACCGUUAGUAGAAGCCGAGAUCCAGGCGCUUAACCAGGAGGCCGGACGUGUAGGAGUCGCCUCCCUGGUGCUCCCGCUCAGAUCUCGCUUGUAAUUGAGGCUCAAUGUCGGCAUUUGAAGUACAUCGGGCAUAGCUCAACCGAACAUCCCACCUUGAAGCUCAGAGGCGUAUAGUGUUAGUUAGAUUUCCCCCACGUGACAUCACAUCAUUCACUGGCACACACAUUCACUGGCACACACAUGCACCCGCCCACUAGGCCCGCCAGUCUGUGCCCGAGCCCCUGCUUCUAUAUCAGGCAGCUGCUCCUCCAUAACAUAUCCCAUAGAACAUUUCAUAGUCAAUCAACUCUACUCCCA